AAAUGUUUCUCCCCUCUAGGAUAAGGCCUGGGAUCUGGAAGUGAACAUUAUACUACAGUUCACUAAAAUGAUUAAGUUUCUCAAUGAGAAGAAAGAAAACUUGAUCCAACAGCUCAGGCAGGAUGAAGCACAGAUCCUGAAGGAGAUGGAAAAACGUCUGAAGAGCAUUAAUGUAGAAACUGACCACAUACGCAAGGUAAUAAAAGACAUCCAGUCACAGAUAGAGAAACAGGACUCACUAAUGUUUCUUAUGGAAAUUAAGACCACCAUGAAAAAGUAUGAAAAAUGUAACUUAACAAAUGUGGGAAGUAAGUUGGUAAAGCGUGACUUGAAUGUUGGGGUAUGCAAUGGCCCCCUGCAGUACUAUGCUUGGAAGGAAAUGAAAUCCAUUAUACAACCUC